CGCCUCGGAUCGCCACCCACCAGACCCCUCCUCCCCCCGGCCAUUGUGACACGCCCGCCCCCCGAGGCAGGGGCCCGGCUCGGCCCGGCCCAGCCCAACCGAGCCGGCGGGAUGGAGGAGCAGAAGGUCUCGCGGCCCCGGGUCACCUUCUUCCAGCCCCGCGUCAACCAAGUGCUGGUGCUGUUCAGUCUGUUCAAUGGCAGUGAAGUGGCUGUGAAGAGGUUUUUGCCAAAGAGUCACUUAUCCACAGUCAUCAUCCGUGACAACACCAGCGUCCAGCGAAUUCAGGAGAUCAAGGUAAAUCACUUGGAGGAGACAAGAAUAAAGACCAGCCACUUUUAUGAGCAUUUAAAGAAGAAGUUCAUGAGUGACCAGCAGAAGAAGAUAUCACGGUGGAAGAAGGAGUCUGAUAAAUUUGGGAAAAUACUGGAGCUGAUCAAUCAGAGAACCAAGAACUUGGCUAUCGCUUCUGCUAGUCUGACUAUGAGGAAGUCACAAGAAGGCAAUCAGAAAACAAUCCCCAAGAAAGAAACAACCGUGAUGUUUGAAAAAUGAUCCAAAGAGGCGUUCAUCCAGCACCUCAGUCAGGCUGUUUUCUUAGUUUCUAAUGAGUUUCUUUCCAACAUCUCUGACACUCAGUUUGUCUUUUUAGCAAAGAGGAGGAGAUGGAGAGAGUUAAAGCUAGCACAGGUCUCAGUUGUUUCAGCAAUAAACUAAUAGAAAUGCACUGAAUAGCUAUUCCCUUUCUGCUGCUUCUCUUGAUAAUCUGUUUUGAACAGAUGAGUUUAAGUCUCUAGGGAUGGUGAGUGAAGUGGAGCUGAGAGCAGUGCAGUAAGGGACAGAUGUAGGAAGGAAAGAAUUAUCGAAGGACUGAUUUGCACUUUUAGAACAGAAACAUACUUUAUUUGAGUGGAACUUUCUACAUGGCUUAUGCCCCUGUAGAGGUUUAACCUGAAUCCAAAUGGAAAGGGUAGGAGCUUGUCUGAGGACAAACAGAUUUCUGGGAAUGUUGGCACAAGCUCCAUGAGGCUGAAGAAGUCCCUUGUGGGGGAGGAGGGAGAGGGAUUGCUUGCUGGAGGAGGUUGGGAGUAAGAGAAAGGGGUGAGGAGCUGAGACUGAGAAAAUGCCUUCAGUACUUUAGGUGUGAUUUCUGGGGAAGCAGUACUCAUAGAAUCAGAGAUUCCAAGGUCAGAAGGGACCACUGUGAUCAUCUAGUGUGACCUCCUGUAUCACACAGGCCAGCGAACUGCCCUAAGUAAUUCCAAGGGCAGAGCUUUUAGAAAAACACCUUGUCUUGAUUUAAAAAUUGCAAGUGUUGAUGAAUCCACCACAUCCCUUGGUAAAUUGUUCCAAUGGUUAAUUACUCUCACUGUUAAAAAUGUACGCCUUAUUUCCAGUCUGAAUUUGUCUAGUUUCAAUUUUCAGUCCUUGGAGUGUGAUUGAUACCUUGCGCUGCUAGAUUGAAGAGCUCAUCAUUAAAUGUCUGUUUCCCAAAAGUAUAGACUGCAAUCAAAUCACCCCUUAACCUUCUCUUUGUUAAACUAAAUGUAUUGAGCUGCUCGAGUCUAUCACUGUAAGGCAUGUUUUCCAAUCCUUUAAUCAUUCUCUUGGCUCAUCUCUGAACCUUCUCCAGUUUAUCAGCAUCCUUCUUAAACUGUGGACACCAGAACUGGACCCAGGUUUCCAGCUGUGGCUGCACCAGCGCCAAAUACAGAAGUAAAUUACCCUCUCUGGGUCCUCUAUAUCCCCCAUUGCCCCAGUGCACCUUGCUAACCCUCUAUCCCUAAUCCCCGCAUUCACUUAUUUUGGGUUCCCAUGGACAUCCCUACCUCACAGUCCGGUGCUCCCCCAUAUAUCCCAGGCAGUCAUUCACAAGCCUGAGCCCCCCACUGCCUACCAACCUUCUCCA